AUGGCUGCAUACGUAGAAGAAAAUGUAAUUCAACUGAGUGAAUCUGAAAAUGAUAACGGCAGUGAAUCAGUUAAAGAAAAGAAGCGUAAACACCGACACAAGCAUAAACACAAACAUAAACACAGCAGCACCAACGAUAAACAUGACAAACACAAACGGAAGAAGAAGAAACGCAAACACGACAAAACGGACUCGGAAUCCGUAUCGGAAAGUAAACGUUCUAAGUUGUCCAUCGAGGAAAAUGACUUGGAAAGACUUGAGGCAGCUAGACUGGCUUUACAAGCCCAGCUGGAUGGCAGUGGCACCUGUAACGGUGUCUCGAAAAGCGUCAAUGCUAUGGGACUUAUUGCACAAGGCUAUGGCACCGAUUCGGAAGAAGAGGGAGAAAUCAAAGAUGAGCAGCUGUGGAUGGAGUUAGAAAAUCCGUACAAUGAACAGGAGAAGGAAAACAUCAAGGAGACGAGUGACAACGAUGACGUUCAGAUCCUCGAGCGGAGACUCAGCCAUGACAAGGAGUACAUACAACACAAACUGCAUGAGGAGAUCCUGAGACAGCGGAGUGUCAGUGGUGGAGAUGCCUCGGGCAAUGCUGAAGUCGUUGAUGACGGCGAUAGUGGUGAGGACAUUAUUUUCAUGGGUGAGGAGGCUGGACAUCGUGUACAGCCUACUCCGGUUACAAAACAUGUGUGUAAACAUGACAGACAGUCGAAUCACGAGGCAAGUCAUCGGAAAACCAGCUCGCGGGCUCGUAGGAGAUCCAAGUCGCCUACUCAUUCGGAAUCCAGAAGCAAGCGCUCACAGAGUGAAGAAAAAGAUAAACGUAAAAAUGACAGAUCGCGGGAAAGAGGGGAGCAUGGGAAAAGGACCAAUCAUGAACCACAACCAUCCAGAGAACGGUCACCACGGCGACGUUUAUCACCUCCACGCCCACAUUCCGACCACCUCGACGACCGUGACGUGCGCCGACAUGAGGAUCUGGACAGACGGAGAGAGGACUUUGCCAGACGGCGGGCUGAGGAGAGGAGACGAGAUGAAGACUGGAGGGCAAGGAGUCCGGGAUUGCGAAGACGACGAUCACGUGACCGAUGGGGCCAUGACCGGUCGAGAUCGAGAGACCGUGACAGAAAUCGGUCUCGGGACCGAGGUGACAGGAAACGUGAGGGAGAUAAACCAACUGACAAGUUCGCUGGCAGUUUGUCUGAGGGCAUGGCACUGAAACCCGAGUCAUCGGAUGAUGAAGAAAUUGUUGAUGUAGAAAUCCCACCUGACGACUCGGAAGAAGAAGCUGAGAUCGCCAUGCGACGCCGUCUUCGGAAAGCCAUGUUGAUGCGGCUAGGUAAAAAUCCUGAUGAGCCUCCUACGGAAGAACCAACUGCAGAGAUGGACGACAGCCAAGCGCCACCUAGUGAGGGAGUACCACCAGUUCAACCAGAACAACCAGAACAACCAGCGCAGGAGCAAGUUGAACGUACAGAUAUGUCUACAAAUGGAUCAGAGGAAAAGUCGACAGAUUUCCCACAGCCUAAACGUGUGAAGAGGUCUGAGGACAACGACACUGACAGUAGUAGUGACAGCAGCUCUGAGUCGGAGUUCAGCGCAGACAAAGUCCAGCGGGAGUUUGGGGAAGACUCGCAGGAUUUCGAGAUCUCGAUGAAUGAAAAGAGACAAAUACUAGAAGACUCGAAAAACCUACAAGAUGAAAAUGAACCUCCAAAGAAGAUGUCUGCCCACAACUUUGAUAUGUUCUCUGAAAGUGCAGAACUAGCUGGGGCAAGUUAUAAUAGCCCCGGGGUUACGAGAUUUCAUGGAUUCAGUGACAACCCCAAUUUGAUGGAUAACUGGGAUGAUGCGGAAGGCUACUACAGAGUGCGUAUUGGAGAAGUGCUGGAGAAGCGUUAUUCGGUCUAUGGUUUCACCGGACAAGGUGUUUUCAGUAAUGUGGUGAGGGCGCGCGACGCAGCCCGGGGCAACUCGGAAGUGGCCAUCAAGAUUAUCCGUAACAAUGAAAUGAUGCACAAGACAGGGUUGAAAGAACUUGAAUUUCUGCGCAAGCUAAAUGAUGCUGACCCAGAUGACAAGUUUCAUUGUCUUCGUCUUUAUAGACAUUUCUUUCAUAAAAACCAUCUCUGUUUGGUUUUUGAAAGUCUCAGCAUGAAUCUUCGCGAAGUGUUGAAGAAGUAUGGCAAGGACAUUGGCUUGCACAUCAAGGCUGUGCGGUCGUACACCCAGCAGCUGUUCCUGGCGCUCAAGCUGCUGCGACGCGCAUCCAUCCUGCACGCAGACAUCAAGCCGGACAACAUCCUCGUGAACGAUUCGAAGCUGCUGCUGAAGCUGUGUGAUUUUGGGUCGGCGUCCCACGUCUCUGAGAACGACAUCACGCCCUACCUCGUCAGUCGCUUCUACAGGGCGCCAGAAAUCAUUCUUGGGAUGGGUUAUGACCACAAUAUAGACCUGUGGUCUGUAGGGUGCACCAUCUAUGAGCUGUACACUGGCAAGAUCCUCUUUGCGGGACAGUCGAACAACGAAAUGCUCAAGUUCAUGAUGGAUGUUAAGGGUAAGAUUCCCAACAAGAUGAUUCGAAAAGGAAUGUUCAAGGAUCAGCACUUCGACCCAGGCUACAACUUCCUGUACCACGAGGUCGAUAAAGUGACACAGCGUGAAAAGGUGACCGUUCUUAAUAACAUAAACUCUACGAAGGACCUGCUAGCGGAAAUGGUUGGCUACCAGCGUCUUCCUGAAGAGCAGCUCCGCAAGCUCACUCAACUGAAGGACUUGCUGGAUCGGACUCUGAUGCUCGACCCGUCCAAGCGAAUCAGUCUCAACAUGGCGCUGUCACACCCAUUCAUGCAAGAAAAGAUCUAAUUCUGCUGCUGGUUUGACACAGAGGGUCACAGACCAGUGCUUUUUACACUCGUUACAUUCACUUGUGUUUUUACAUGCAAGUAGAAACUGAAAUGAGGGUUGGUUGUGUUGGACAUACUUUACAGUAUGUAGAUCUAUAUCAGUGACAUUAUGUUCAUCAUUCAUUCUGUGUUAUUGACGGUUAACACUGAUUGAGGAUAUUAUGAAGAUGUUGUCAUGGAAUCCUGUAUGAUUGAAUAAUCCAACAUUUUUGAAGUGCUUCACACAUUCUUUUGGCGUGUCAGAUAAGUUAUCUUCCAUUUAUUUUCAGUAAUGGAGACAACUUUAUGUCAGAUGUUCACUUUAAAAGUUGUAUAAUUGAAAAAGUUCAGCAACAUUAUAUAUUUUUCAUGUACUUGUAGUAAAAGCAGUAACGUUUGUGACUACUGGUAAUCAUAGUAUAAAUUUCAUACAUUUUAGUGGGUAUUUUAACGUUUGCUGGUGGAAAUUAAAUAUCCACGUCAACAGUGUUUAGAAUGAAUGUAUUAAUAUUAAAUUUGCCCCACCCCAAGUAUAACAAUCUUUGUUAGUAGCUUAACUUACCAAGGCGACAUGUUUUAACAUAGUGUAUUAUACAACAGUGUAUUUCUGUUAGAUUUUUCCAGUGUGCAUAAUGUUUUUGUCAUCCUGAUCACCAUUAGUUUGUUGAUACUCAAAUAAUUAGUCUUGAGAGUUUUGAUGCCAUUGUUCUAAUUGCAUUGAUUAUUUGAUAUCUAUACAUUAAUACAAAAACAUAAAUCUCCCAUCCUGGACUUGGUCAUUGAUGAUGCCUGAAACCUUUCGUUGUAUAGGGGCCCAUAUAAAGAGUUCUCACUCACAAAAACAUUAAUGUUCAUAAGCCAAUGCUUAAUAAUAUACAGAAUUUUAUUAAUGUGGAAUGUCCUUGGAAAAAGCAUUACAUUUUAUUGUGUUCUGGAAAUGUCCUGGAAAUUUAGGCCAAAAAUGUGGUGGUUUAUUUUUUUGGCAUCUUUACUUUUGUUGUCCACAUAACCUGUCUAAAUUCAGACAACAAUUUGUCAUAAAAACAUUCAUUGACUGAACAUUUUCUUAAAUUUCAUGUGUUUUUUCAAGUGUAAUAACCCUGUUAACAGGAAUUUGUUGAUAUAUGUAAGUUUAAGAACAGAUCUUUUUCUUGGUCAGAUUGACAAAUUGUGAAAGACAAUGUUCCUUUUGGCAGAACAUUCAUCGUAUUGUACUUUUGAAACAAUUUUGUCAUGGUACAGAUAUUCAUCAAAAUGGGGACGGGUUAGGAAGUUUUAUUGUAUUGUAUUAUAGGGAGGAUAAUAAACAAGAUACCAGGUAUUAUCAAAUUUAUAUCCCAAGUGAAAUAAUUUUCAGUUGUCACAAGCUUUAGUGAGUGACAAAUGAAAAUUAUAUCACGAGGGACAUAAAUUUUAUAAUAACUGGUACCGAGUUUGUUAUUCUAUUUAUUACCUCAGCUAUUUUUUCUCUAAAAGCCUUUAGUUUCAACAUGAAUAGCAAUGAUGUAAACCACUUUAUGCACUGUUCUGAAUAUUGCUAUAACUUUAAAGUUACAUUUUGUUAUAAAUUUAACACCAAAAACAGAGAGCCGUAAAUGCAAGCUCUUUAAACUAUAUGACGUCAUUUUGUGUUUGCCAAAUCGUAAUGACAUCAUAUUUAGUGCCGACACAGUCAUUGGUAUGUAAAUGUCAAAUCAUUCAAAAGUAUUAUUCAUUAGACCAAUGCAGAAUAUUUCCCACUGAGAAAAUAUGGAAAAUAUUUUCCCUGUUAUGAGUGACCACUGGGGUAAUAAAAUUGUUUUAUUCAUCGUAUAAAGACUGCCUGGGUGUGGUUUGAUAUGAAAACCGAAUUCAUUCUCAUUUUGACACUAUACAUCUUUAUAAUUAUUUUAGGUAUCGAGAUCGUGUGAAAAUAUAUUAUAUAUUAUUGCAGUAGCUACAUGUAAAUGAGACUUACCUUGUAUUGUCGUAUCUGUAACAGCCCCAAUUUUACUGAUGAAAAAAUAUACAAACUCCAAUAAUAUUAGUCAUUAUAAAGGAUUUUAUUCCAAACAUGGGAUGCCAUAAUAAGGAUAAUCUUCAAAACUACCUUUAGACACCAUCAUAAAUGGGUAGUAAGUUGACCAACGUAUGUGUGCAGGCAUAGUUCCAAGAGUAAAAAUAUUCUGACCCCGAUAGCUCUGACUUGUCAUUAGGUGACACAAAGUACAUGUACAUCAAAUCACAUUCCAUGCAGACACAUGACAUAUAGCUGGGCUGUGACUUUCUAACAACGAACUACAUGCACGGAAACAAAAAAAAGUGAAAUAAUCGGCUGUGAUUACUGUUUCUAUAUUAUGAACAUGUACGGUUUAUAAAUAACAGAUACAGAUUCAUUAAUUUUAAUCUCUGGCUGAAAUACAAUUAUAUAAAUGAAGUUUCGUUUGAUUUUUUUUGGAUUUUUUAAAUUAAAAAACAAAGAAAGAAAAAAGAUGCAAAAACUAUCACUUUAAAAACAAAAUUCAGAAAGAUGUUUUAUUGAAUGAGACCUAGGAGUAUAUGAUAAUUUUAGAAAUUAACAUUUCACAGUGUAACUAAUUGGUAGUUUGCAUCAGUGUAAAGUUGCAUCAUUAAUACACGAACUGAAUGAAGUUUCACAGGAAAUAUUUUGAGCCCUGAAUUGUCAUCUAUUGCCAAUUAAAAAAAAAAAAAAAAAAAAAAAAAUCAUUAUUAUUAUUUUCUUAAUAAAAUCUUUGAAACUGAAAUUUGGUCAAAAGGAGGAUAUGUCAUCUAUUUUUAAUAUUUCAUUUUAAAAUUAAAAGACUGUGUUUAAUAAUUAUUAUUGCAUUGUACAUGUACUUUCAACAUUACUUUCAUUUCCAAUUAUUGUAGAUAUGUCAAACUGAGAGGAUGUGGUAUUUUCAAUUGAUUACUUACUAGAAAAUUUUUGUGUAUACAUUUUAUAUGUUUUCUCUUACUAGAUUCAGUAUAUAUUUUCUUUUGCAUUUUGAAAAUAAUAGAAACAGCUGUUAAUGAUGGUUUGCCUGUAAUGAUGCUAAGGGGUGCUAUUCAUGUAUGUUUGUAUUUUGUGUUUUCUUUCCAUACAGUGUUGAUUUUGUCCUGUGAAGAGGGUUCACAAAUAAAAACAGACACUGUGUCUUCUCUUGCAUUGGUGUUAUGCUUGGUAGACAGCCGAGUUCACAGUCACCUUGUUUGAAAAGCAGGCAUUCAGUUGAAGGUGUACAAAGAAAAGAAACCUGACUGGGCAGUGUAAAGUAACAGUAACGUAAUGUUGCUGGGCAACGUGGACGAAGCCGACAGUUACAGAUGCUGCUAUAAGGUUAAACCAGGGUAAGAAAAUUGUUAAUUCUCUGUGAAAGAUACAUGUACAUGGAUGUAAUCUCGUGAUUGGUGCCAAGAAGUAUACAUGGAAGAUGUCAUCAAACCAGAGAACAUCGUACAUUGUAUAAGGAUAUUGUGGAUAAAGACUUAACCCUUUACACCCAGGGAACCAUGCAUUGUGAAAAAUUAACAUUAUUAUGAACAAGAAGGGCAGAAAAGUAAACCUUGAUGAGAAUUUGGUGGUUGAAGCUCCAAUUAAAACAUUUUUGCUUAACUUGUUGAAUAAAAACAUUUGUUAGGAAUUUACAGUGCCAAAUGAUGUUUUGUUCUAACAUAAACAGUUUGACAUUUAAAAAAAAUAAAUGAUGAUUUUUUAAAA